UCUUCCACAUCUGGAUGGUGUCUGUAUCCUGCAAUGGGACAGUCUACGUUGGGACAGUAGCCUCCACGAUACCGGAUCUCAGCUAAAACAUUACUCUUACUGCGCAAUAGCGUUAGAUCCGAACCCACCAGGACAUGUUGGGAGGGCCAAAAAGCUCACUCCUGCGAGCCCUGAGCGUUCUGCUCUUGGCCUGGGCCUUGGUUGGGGGCCAGGCCCUUCUGCCGGAGGAAGAGGAGGAGAUGGAGGAGGUGUUUGAGGAGGAGGAAGAGGAGCUGGUCGCCGGGAAGACAGCGGUGGUCUGUCCGCCAGAGUGCAGCUGCAGGGAUGGGGUGGUGGACUGCGCUGGGGUUGAUCUCACCAUGUUCCCCGAAGAGAUACCUGUGAACACGCGGCAGCUCUCCCUACAGAACAACCAAAUCGAGGUGGUGACGGUGGAUCACCUGUCCAGUCUGCAUCAUCUGGAGACCCUCAACCUGCAGAACAACUGGCUCAGCACAGAGGGUCUGGAAGACGAAGGAUUUGAAGUCCUGGAGCAGCUGGCGUAUUUAUACUUGGCAAACAACCGCCUCACCUUGGCUCCUAGGCAUCUGCCUCGUUCCCUGGUGAGCGCAGACUUCGCAGCCAAUGAGCUCACUAAGAUUUACCCAUACACGUUUGGCGACAAACCCAGCCUCAAGUCAGUGUAUCUCCACAACAAUAAGCUGUCGGACGCCGGCCUCCCUGACAUCAUGUUCAACGGCUCGGCCAGCCUGGAGAUCCUCAUCAUGUCCAGCAACUUCCUUCACCUGGUGCCGAGCAACCUGCCCUCGUCCCUCCACCGCCUGCACCUCAAGAGCAACAAGCUGGAGAAGAUUCCUCCUGGAGCCUUUCACAAUCUGACCAACCUCCGGGAGCUUUACCUGCAGGAUAACCUGCUGAGCAACGACGGCAUGGACAACCUCACCUUCAGCCAGCUGAGCAGUCUGGAGUGUCUGGACCUGUCCAACAACAACCUGAGCGUGGUGCCCUCGGGGCUUCCUCGCAGCCUGGUGCUGCUCCACCUGGAGAAGAACGCCAUCCGUGAGAUCCCCAAGGACGCGCUGGCCUCCGUCAAGAACCUGGAGUACCUGCUGCUCCACAACAACCAGCUGCGCUCCCGUUCCAUUCACCCCAUGGCCUUCCGGGGUCUGAAGAAGCUGCACACCCUGCACAUGUACAACAACCUGCUGGAGCGCGUUCCCCGGGGCCUCCCUCGGCGCGCCAAGACCCUCAUGAUCCUGCACAACGCCAUCUCCGAGAUCGGCCGCAACGACCUGAUUUUUCUCUACACGCUCAUCGAGCUCAACCUCAGCUAUAACCGGCUGACCAACAGCAAGCUGAACCGGGACGCCUUCCGCAAGCUGCGGGUGCUGGAGACGCUGGACCUGUCGGGCAACGCGCUCCAGGCGGUGCCACUGGGCCUGCCUCGCAGCCUGCAGGUGCUCCGGAUCAAGGACAACAAGCUGAGCUCCGUGCCCGACGGGGCCCUGGCCGGCCUGGCCAAGCUGAAGGAGAUCAACCUGAGCAACAACCAGCUGAAGCUCAACUCGGUCUACCAGGGAGCGUGGAUGGAGCUCAGCUCGCUGACGACGUUGGAUCUGUCAGGGAACCUGCUGUCCCACAUCCCUUCUGACCUGCCCGAGUCCCUGGAGUACCUCCACCUGGCCAGCAACCGCAUCUCCAGCGUGCCCCCCUCCGCCUUCCAGGGGACCCCCAACCUCAAGGGCAUCUUCCUCCGGUCUAACCGUCUGUCGGUGGACUCUGUAAGCGAGAGUGCCUUGGCCUUCCUGACCCAGCUCCAAGUGCUGGACCUGGGACGAGACAGCCCCGAAUUCCCCCCAUUCAGACCCGGGGACAGGCUCCAGGAGAAGGAGGAAGGAAUGGAGGAAGAGGAGGAGACCUUCUAGAUCCUUCUUUACAAACAAUAUGUCUUUCUAUCAAGUCAUGUUGGGGAAGAGAAGAUGAGAAGUUAAUGGAGAUGGUGAUGUUUCCGUGGACUUCCAUGCGUCUUAUUCACCUUGCGGCCUCAUUGGUUCUAAACUCUAAGUGGCUGGAGAACUGAAGCCUGACAUUAGAAGAAGUCUACCCUUACCUCGGAAUGAUGUCUAAUUUCCCUCUGAAUCUUAAUUAUCCUAAUCAUCUUUUCGUUUGAAAGUUCACUAAUGUGAGAUUCAAGCUUGCAUCUCUCUUUUUCUUUCAUAUGAUUUAUCAUCUGGUAUGAAAUUAUAAUUUACCGAAUCAAAAAUGUCAACAUAAACGUAAAUAUAGAUGAAUACCCGCUAGUCGAUUUAUUUUCCCACCAAGCCAGUGUUUAGAACCAAAAGGGCCAUAUAUGCCAUACACAGAUGGCAGGUCAUUCAGGUGCGUUGUUCUGAAGCGAUCAACACAUCCCUGGUGCCGGAUACCGGAUGAAACUGUUAUUUCUGUUCUUGUGGUGACGUGCAGGGCUGCACCAAAGCGCCACUGCAUUUAUUUACAGCUUAUUUUAUCGUUGCAACGUUCAUCUAAUGCAUGAUUCCAUUUCAUGUGAUUAAACCAAAAGCAGUUAUUAUACCAAGUACAAUGUGAAGCUGUCCAUACUAUGUGGACCUUGUGAAAGGAAUCAGGGCUUCAAAGAAGAAAUCGAUGAAACGUCAUCAUCCAGUAUUGGCAGUUCAAGUAAGCUCCUGGGUGGUUCCCAUGGAGACAUCUCUAAACGCGUUUUUGUCUUUACAGUUUGCUGCUAAUUCUGUGUGUUCCAUCAAUUUGCUAUGAAAUAAAUAUACACAAGAUAUUUUUCUAUGAGGUCUAGUGUUCCUGCUAUUAAUUGGAUAGAAUAGAGUUAGGUUGUCAACAUCAAUUACAACUGUGCUCGCCUUCUUACGCCAAAAGCAAUAAAUUAUUUCACUCG